CGUGUUUAAGUUCAUAGGACGCCAUGUUGGUUGUCAGGGAAAAAUUGUGAUUGCGAAAAAUCUAGAAUAGGAAAUGGCCUACUGCAACUUAUGGGAAGAUCGAGAUGUACGUUUUGACAUCACCUUACAACAAAUGCAGCUUAGACCAGGAGAGGAUUUAAUUGACAAGCUUGAUUCAGUUGAAGAUACCAAGGGAAAUAAUGGUGAUCGAGGAAGACUUCUCGUCACUAACCUUAGACUAAUAUGGCAUUCACAGAGUAUGCCCAGGGUAAACUUGUCUGUUGGGUUCAGUUGUGUUGUUAAUGUGUCUACCAGAUCGGCAAAUUCAAAACUUCGGGGACAGACAGAAGCUCUAUAUAUCUUAACAAGGUGUAACAACACAAGGUUCGAGUUUAUCUUCACAAAUCUGGUUUCUGGUAGUCCCAGACUUUUUACAACAGUGAUUUCAGUUUUCAGAGCAUAUGAAUCUUCUAAGUUGUAUCGUGACCUAAAGCUUCGUGGGGCACUGAUCCUUAAUAAACAACUGCGGCUCUUACCAUUGGAGCAAGUUUAUGAUAAGAUAAAUGGUGUCUGGAACCUCUCUAGUGAUCAGGGAAACCUCGGAACUUUUUAUAUUACCAAUGUUCGCUUGGUGUGGCAUGCAAACAUGAAUGACACAUUCAAUGUCAGUAUUCCCUAUUUACAAAUGAGAUCAGUCAAAAUAAGGGAUUCCAAGUUUGGACUUGCAUUAGUUUUGGAAACUUCACAGCAGAGUGGUGGAUAUGUACUUGGGUUCCGUAUUGACCCAGGAGAGAAAUUACAAGAAGCAGCUAAAGAAAUUCAAAGUUUACAAAAGGUUUACAGUGCCAGUCCAAUAUUUGGAGUGGAAUUUGAAACAGAGGAAAAGCCCCAAACAGUAGAUGAGGUUACAGUUGACCCAGUCCAGGAUGAUAUAGAGAUUGUUAACGAGGGGGAAGGCACUGAUGCCUUUGCAGCAUACUUUGCUGAUGGUGAUAAGUCAAGUGAUCGUGAACCAGUGUAUUCAGAGCAGCUGGGCCUAGCUGUGGAGAAAUUAAAGGAUGGCUUCACCUUACAAGGGCUCUGGGAAGUUGUCCCAAGUCAAUGAGUUUCAUUCUCUUCAUCCAAUGAGUGGCUACAGAAUUGACUUUGCCUUGGCUGUGUAAAUAUCUGUAUUCAAAUUAAUCCAGUAAAUUGAACAAAACCAAUUUGUCAAAGGCCAGUCAAAAGGCUGGAACAAGUUCCUGUUCUUUAAAUAUUGUGUUAGUGUCUCCUAAGGUACAAACAUGUUUCCUGUGACAUUUUUUAUUAUUUUCUUGUAAAUAGCUUGCUAGCCAAUGAAAACUGUUAUGAGAUGAGCAUGUGCAUAUAUCAAGUGGGAUAUUUCAUAGUAAUUGUAGGGUUAACAAUCAACAGCUUUGACAUGAAAUUGUGGAAGUAUUAAUAGUGCGAUGAAGUGAUGCUGUGUCAAGCCUUAAUUUAUUUAAACUUAAAAUAAUAGAGACAAUGGUUACAUAGAGUACCAAGUUAUCUGAAAUAAAAUUGCUGAAAAGUGA